UACCUCCUCGGCGCCGUGGUGGGCGAGGGCGGGUUUUGUAAAGUCCGCGCGGGGAUCCACCAGGUGACGGGCGCGAAGACCGCGGUCAAGCUGAUCGACAAGACGAAGCUGACGGACGUGAACGAUCGGAAGCGCGUCGGUCGAGAGAUUCGCGUCUUGAAGCGGCUCACGCACGAGUCCAUCAUUCGGUUGUUCGACGUCGUGGACGGCAUCGACAAGAUGUUCGUCGUGAUGGAAUACGCCGACGGCGGCUCCCUCCUCGAUCACGUCCGCGCGCGGAAGCGCCUCUCCGAGCGCGAAUCCGCGCGGAUGUUUCGCCAGAUGUGCGCGGGGUUGAUGUACUGCCACGCGAACGGCGUCGUGCACCGGGACGUCAAGCUCGAGAACGUGCUCCUCGACGCGAACGCGAACGUGAAGAUCAUCGACUUUGGGCUCUCCGCGGUGCUCACCCCGGGGCGGCGGCUGAGAGUGCACUGCGGCUCACCGUCGUACGCCGCGCCGGAGAUCGUCGCUCGCAGGGAGUACGACGGCCCGCCGGUGGACGUGUGGAGCGCCGGCGUCGUGCUCUUCGCGAUGGUGACCGGGUACCUGCCGUUCCACGCGCCGAAAGGGGAGAAGCAGGAGCUGUGCCGGAAGAUCAUGAAGGGCGCGUUUACGACGCCGGAAUCCUGCGCGAGGGACUUUCGCGACCUCGUCGCGAAUAUUCUGCGAGUAGACCCCGCGAAGCGCGCGACGUUCGCGCAGGUGCUGGAGAGCAAGUGGAUGCGC